AUGUCUGACAGUCGUUCUAACCCCGAACAUCAUGUUGGGCGUAGCUUCCUCAGGGAUAUCCCUCUAUCGACUAAGAGGUAUCGAUAUCAAGGGAAGGAGCACUUCCUUCGAACUAGAGAUCUUGAAUUUGAUCGUUUCCAGCGUUCGAAACAUGACACAUCACAGUACAUCCUCUUUGAUAUCGAUGCUGAUACCCUUAAAAGGGAUUUCCUAGAUCCUCAUAUCGAAGAUAAUUCCUUUACUUUCGACUCUUUCAAUACAGAGGAAAAUCUUCUUUUAAUCAAGAUGGAAACCCAAGAACAUGCGCAAGCGAUCCAGGAGUUUGGGUAUACAAUCAUGCGCCAGCUAGACGAUAUGAGACUUCGAGACGUCAUACAGAAGUUCUCGACAAAAGUAGAAGCAGAUAGCCAAGGCAAAGUCCCUGACAAUGGCUGGGGUCCAACGAGGCCAAACUCCGAUCGUGACCGUAGGCCGACCAUCGUCCUAGAAGUUGGGGUCUCGGAAUCGCAACCCAAACUCGAGGCUGACACUACCUUUUGGUUGGAUCCAGAGCGAGGCAACGCGAACAUCGUCUUGACCCUCAAGUUGAAUCGAAAAAGGGCCCAGAUAACGCUGGAUAAGUAUGAAUGGGACAAAGCCAACGGGGAAAUAAACAGGGUGCAACGGAUCCAGAUGACCAAGGGUGGGAAAACGAAAAGGAAAAUCACCGUUUCGAAGGCCCCAUUGAUUAUCCCAUUCGAGCAACUCCUAGAACGACCUAUAUCUUCCCCCGUCGAGAAGGAUAUUAUAAUCAAGGAGAGUGAGCUUCGGACAAUCGCACGCAGUAUCUGGAAUGUCCAACGCAAGUAA